GGCACGGCUAGGCUUAAUAAUGGCCUUCGGCUCCUCAACCCCGCCAUUAUUCCAUGGUUGUUACCUCUGUCUGUGCCUGUCCUAGGCUUUGCUGUUGAUCAGCAUUACGUGGUACUUAGAACGCAUGUCCCUCAAGUUAUCUGCCCCUCAGCCAUCUAUUAUUAUUGUCGCAUUGCGUGCCCCAUGUCGGUGUGUCUGCGCCCGCCUCACUCCAACGUGACUACCAGACAAUUUCGACGAUCGUUCCUACCUUUAACGUUCAACCAUUUUGAUCGACGACAAUAAUCAUCUUCUACAAUCCAUCCUCGUGUCAGACUCACGCAAACCCAUCAGCAACGUCAUUGUCAUCAUCAUGACCGAGACUGGCUUGCCUCCAGACUGGGAGGUCCGACAUUCCAACUCAAAAAACUUGCCAUACUACUUCAACUCCAAGACGCAUGAGUCGAGAUGGGAGCCACCCGAGGACGCCGACACAGAUAAACUCAAGAUCUACAUGGCCCAGCAUCACAGUUCUGCCAACACCCGUAUCGAUGGAACUGCGUCGGAUGGCAAGAUUCGAGCCGCCCAUCUCCUUGUCAAACACAGUGGCAGUCGCCGGCCCUCGAGUUGGAGAGAAACAAAUAUUACACGGUCCAAGGAGGACGCCAUAGAGCUGCUCAAAGGCUAUGAAGAACAGAUCCGCUCCGGAUCAACCACUCUGGGCGAUCUUGCCGUGUCCGAGUCGGAUUGCAGCAGUGCCCGCAAGAGAGGUGACUUGGGCUUCUUUGGCAAAGGUCAGAUGCAGAAGGAAUUCGAAGAUGCUGCCUUUGCCCUACAGCCCGGCGAGAUGAGUGGAGUGGUGGAGACGGCUUCGGGCGUCCAUCUGAUCGAACGGAUCCAAUAGGUUCGUUGAUUCGAAAACAUAACAUGUGAACCAUGUUUAAGUGUGGGAGUCAAGGCAUCCACCGCAAAAUGUGUAUAUUGCCUUCCAUCCUAGGCCAACAGUCUGACAUGGACUUUGUGCAUUGGGUGAAAUUUUGCUUUUCCAGCUACUGGGAUCUGCUGCGCAUCAAUUUCAACAUGGAACUUUGUUUCUCCUCCUUUUCUUCUCAUCAGCAUGUGUGAACUCGGUGGGUCGCGUUGCCUGCUGUUUCUCUAGCCCACUGUCUUCUGCCGAGGAUUUGGCUUACUUGGCUGCCCGGGCCAUGUUACGACUGCCUUAUUCUCAACCCGGCAGACAGUCAUGUCAUUGCGAGUCUGUCUAGUACGGCCGGCAAGGUCAUUUCUGGCAUCACCAAUCCGAGGUGGGUUCCAGGUCAGGCCUGUUUUUGGUUUAACGGUAUUGUGGAUACGACAGGCAUACAUGUGAGCUCUGCAGGAAUACCAUGGUUUAGCAGAAUCAGCAUCGGCAGCACGACCCCGGCUCACUCAUUACCCGCUACCAAACAGGUAACCUUGUACCUUGGUCCCUCUCAUCACUCCGUCAGGAAUCCUCCGCCAAUCACCAUGUUGACCUAUCCCUUCUCAUCCGUCGCCUCUUCAUUCUCUAUCAUGAUUAUACCAUCUGCUCGCCAUCGACUCGACUAUAAAUAUGACACUGUCCACCCUCAGCCACUUGCC